AUGCCGUCCGUCCUCUCCGAUGCUGACAAGGAGACGGUGAAGCGGACUGUGCCCAAGGCUUCCAACAAGAUCCAAGCCGUUGCUGUCGCUCGUCUCUACGUCGCCCACCCCAACCGCAACCGAUGGACCUAUACUGGUCUUCAAGGCGCCGCGGUCCUCUCCAACGAUCUGGUGGGAAACACCUUCUGGAUCAAGCUCGUCGAUAUAUCUCCUGCGAACCGAGGCGUGAUAUGGGAUCAAGAAAUAUACGACACCUUUCAAUAUAACCAGGAUCGCACAUUCUUCCAUUCCUUUGAGCUCGAACAAUGUCUCGCCGGCUUAUCUUUUGUCGACGAGAAAGAGGCUCGACAAUUCAAGAAAAAGAUGGACGAGCGUGAGAAAAAUGCCAGCAAACAUACAAAGGCUCAGCCUUUCGCAUCUACCGCUGGAGGAGGCCAAUUACACGUACCUGGAAGCUCUCACAAACAUCACAGUCGGGUUGGCAACCUGUUCCGUGGUCACCGCCACAGCUCUGCGUCCCAACAACCUCAACCAAUGAUCCCGCAGCCUAUCUACAGCCCUGGAUAUGCCCCAACAAGCUACCCACAAGGAAACUCAGACACAAUUGAUCUGAAUGAUCCAAACUUGAGGCCCAUCCUGGACGAGCUACUGCAAAUGGGCAUUACCGAAGAUCAAAUAUCCGAAAACGUCGACUUCAUCAAGCGUUAUGUGCAAGAGAAGCAGGCAGAAGGUGCGGCCAAUGGAUUUGGUUCUCAUAUACCAACGGUCACAGCUACCGAGACCAGAUCAAGGGCUCCUCCACCUCCUCCGCCUCCCUCAGCGCCUCCAUCGAGGAUUAGCCCGGAGAAUACUGGCAGUUCUUCCUCAGGCAGGAGAGGACCUCCUCCGGCCCCUCCGCCGUCGAGAAGACCUGUGGGUGGCCGAGCGCCUUCGCCUCCUCGUUCAAGCUCUCCUCCACCAGCAAGGGACCCCUCUCCUCCCCCCACGGCAAGUCCACAGCCUAGAUUCCGCGCCCCUCCGCCUAUUGCAGAUGCUGGCAAGUUUGCUGUCAAAGAAGGUCCGGCACUUCACCCGUCUGGCCGAGCUCGAGCUUCCUCAGGCUCCUUGGCAAAUCCAGGUCCUCCACCUCCGCCGCGUCCACCCAAAACUCCGAUUGAGGAGGAACAACCCCAGGGUGGCUUGUUUAGAGUACCGCCACCUUUCACUGGGGAACGCAAGUCUUCUGCGCCUCCGCCACCACCAAGUCGUGGACCUGUUCCUCCUCCACCGCCCAGUCGUGAGACAUCCGCUGCUUAUGCUGGUCCCCCACCGCCUUUACCACCCAAAGCAGGACAAACGCCAUCACAUUCGGCGUUGUUCAUUCCUCAGCCUCCACCACCUCCUCCGCCAGCGCCGCUGUCGCACCACCACCUCCCCCCGCCUCCUCCGCCACCGCCCCCUAUGCCCUCUUUUGGUGGCGGACCUCCUCCGCCCCCCAUGCCUUCCUUUGGUGGACCACCCCCACCUCCUCCCAUGCCCAGCUCUUCUGGACCUGCCCCUCCCGCUCUGCCUCCUGUGGGAGGCGAUAACCGUGACUCGCUUCUCGCAGCUAUUCGCGGUUCAGGCGGCAAAGCUGGGGGUGGCCUACGCAAGGUCAAGGACAGCGAAAAACGAGACCGUAGUGCGGCAAUGGUACCAGGAGGAGAAAGUAGUGCUCCCCCGCCUCCGGGAGCGUCAGGAUCUCCCUCAACGCCAGCCGGAGAUCAAGGGGGUGGUCUGGCUGGAGCAUUGGCCGCAGCGUUGAGCCAGAGAAAGAAGAAAGUUAGUGGCAGCGAUGACGAGAAGGAUGAUGAUGACGAUUGGUGA